AUUGACGAUGAUGAAAAAGUAGAUGAGGGAAGCGAUGGCAGAAGAGUUGGACCAGGAGGAAGAGAAGAAGGUGGUGAAAGAGGUGGGCGAGGACGAGGAAGUGGCCGUGGAAGAGGAGGUGGCUGUGGAAGAGGAGGUGGUCGUGGAAGAGGAGGAGAUAGUCGUGGAGGAAGAGGAGGUGGAGGUGGCCGUGGGGGAGGAGGGGGUGGCCGUGGAGGAGGAGGAGGAAGAGGAGGUGGCCGUGAAGGAGAAAGUGGCCGUGAAGGAGAAAGUUGCCGUGAAGGAGAAAGUGGCCGUGAAGGAGAAGGUGGCCAUGAAAGAGAAGAUGGACGUGGAAGAGAGGGUGAAGGAGAAGGUGGUCGUGAACAAGAAGGUGGCGGUGAAGGAGAAGAUGGACGUGGAAGAGAGGGUGAAGGAGAAAGUGGUCGUGAACAAGAAGGUGGCGGUGAAGGAGAAGAUGGCCAUGGAGCAGGAGGCGGCCGUAGAGGAGGAGGAGAAGGUGGCUAUGGAGGAGAAGGUGGCCGUGGAGGAAGAGGUGGACGUGGAAGAGGAGGAGGAGGUGGCUAUGGAGGAGAAGGUGGCCGUGGAGGAAGAGGUGGACGUGGAAGAGGAGGUGGAGGUGAUCAGCGGCAAGACGAUAUGAAAAAGGAUCAGAUGCAAUGUAAAAGAGGGAGCAAUGGAGGGCAGAAGCGGAAGAUGAGGAAUGAGACCUACAAAGUCGUGCAUCGUUAUUUGAAGAAAUUUAAAAAUAAUAAUGAGAAUGAUGAUGAUAAAC